AUUUAGCCUCUUCCGGCGGCCCAGGGGGGAAGCGAGCUGGGAUGGGUGGUGGGAGUGCCCCGAGGCGCGGUUGAUGCUGAGCGAGAAGGGGUGAAACUGCGCGGCCCGGGGGCGUCGGAAGGGGACGGCCACCCCCGCCGGCGGGCAGAGCGAGUCACCGGGAGGCGACCCCGCGCCCAGUCGCAGGGUCUGCCCUCACCUCGUGGCCGCCAGGCCCUGCCCUGCCCUGUUGUCUGCGCUCGGGAGGUGUUCGGGGUCCCCUCUGUAGUCGUGCUGCCGCUGGGUACUCCCGCAGGCUGAGGAGUUAGGAAUCGGUGUUGCUCAAAUCCAGUGAACUUUGCCAUAAACACUGAACUCUUUAACAGAAAUCCUGCUAAUCCCCUGGGGGGAAAAAAAAAGAAAACCUAGAUCUUCCAUGGACAUAGAGCACACUUUCUUAAGGAUCUUCUGCUAUACAUAUAUUUCAAAAAUAGUGUAGUCAACUACAUGCUAGGUCACUCCGCUUGAGACCUGCUCUGGAGAGGGUUCCUGUGGCACUGGGGUAUGCACUUCCCUCACCCAGAAAAUGCAGCCAGCUUCCCAGAACACAAAAUGGUCGGUAGUGCAAAAGCAGAGGAGGAAAUGCAGGAAAGGCUGCUGCUGUUUUUAGAACUGCUUUCCAAAUGGUGACCCUGAUGCCAAAGUGUAAGACAAACGGUCGGCAGGGAUUACCGAAAGCAUUUUCUGAUCUAUUUUUUAAAGUAUUAGUGUAUUCAGUUAAAACAAAACAAAAAAAAUCACAAAUACCUGAAUCUUUCAGAAAGAUAUAGCAGUCUCCUGGAAACUAAGUGGUUUUAGUGAAAGAGAAAACCAGAAUGACAUGCUGCGUUUGUGAGAAAUCAAUGAAAUUUCCAAAGACAGUCGAAACUUCCUCUUGCCAGUGUUUACAUUGGCUGUACAAUACAAACAUGUUGCCACUCCUUUUUAGGUGCAGACCUUGGAUAAUGAAACUGUUUAGAACCUUUGUGUGUUCUGAAAAGUUAUUUUGAGGGAAGCUUCUCCAUAGAAUCCAAGCCAGUGGAGCAGGCAUAUGGUUAAAAAGCUGCUCCACAUCUGUUUGGAGACUAAAGUUCAGUUCACUUCAGAACUAAACUUCAAGAGCCAUGGAGGCCAGUGGAAGAUUUUCCAUUGACUUCAGCAAGCUGUGGAUCAGACUCUACUGUCUACGUAGAAUGAAGCCUUGAAAGGACCAUAGGAAGAGACAAAACUGGAAAAUUAUAUAUAGUGUCUUGUCCACAGUGUGUUUCUGAAGAUGCCGUACUUUCACAAACCAGCGUGUGCUUCUGCUCAAAUAACUGUACCAACACUACCAACACUGACUUUUUUUUUUAAACAACAGUACAUACAGGUAAAUACUAUUAUCUUUAUUUGAAUAAUGAGAACAUUAAGAGUCAUACAGAGUUUAAAUGUUUGGGUCAUAUGUAGCUGUUCAAAUAUAGGGCCAGUAUGAAAAUAAAUGAAAAUAAAUGAGCAGUCAUGUAUUUUCUGCUAGACUAUUUUAAUUACUUCUGAAUUCUUCAAAAAGAUCGUUUACAUGUUUUAUGUAUUUUUGCCCUGUUUCUAGGUCAUUUUGAAUACUACAAGGUUAUAAAUGUAACAGUGUUUAUCUGUUUUGCUGGAAUUGUUGUGCACACUGGAGAUGGAAAUGAGAUGAGAGGCAAUGGCAACGCUCAAAAGCCUGUCCUCAUCUUAGAGGCCCGCAGCUUGGUACUCCAUCGAGCUGCAAACCUUUGGCUGAAAGUAAGAGUGUCUGAGGCAAGCAGCUGUUGGUUCAGAGGUUCUUAAAACUAGACGGGGUGCAACCACAGGAGAGAAAUGCUCAUGUAAUUAACGUGUGUUCUAUUUGCAUCUUUGAGGAUUAUAGAAACCAACCCAUCUGAUACAUCAUGGCAUCCUCACCUUUCUUCUAGGGCUUGGUCUUAGCUCCGGUGGGCGGGGUCUCUGGCAGACUCAUCAUUCCUCACUUUACUGCCCUGGAAAUACAUCUUCAUGAUUCUUAUACCUACAGAGUAUUUAGAACAUCUAUUGUCAGCAUUCAAAGCUGCUUAAAAUGCGCAGCGUGAGAAGUAAAAACUGGAGUAAGUCUGUAUGCAGACUACUUUGUAGCUGAGAGGCAAGCAUAUUCAUAUGAAUUUCAGUGCCUCAGUGUGCUCACUUGCUUUAGUGUCGUUUGGAAGGGGCUUAGAAGAAAACAUGAGAUCACAAACUGUAGUCAGGAAGCUCCAUUUAAACUAAAAUUGUUUAAAUUCUGGCAUCUAAGAUACUUCAUUUUUUUCCCAUGUAGCCAUUCUUUGUGAAAGAAGAUGCAGAUGGAACUUUGCCGAAACACUUGGUAAAAACUAUUUGCGAGAGUCCUAAAUAGUUUUUUACGUUUUCUUACAUGACAGAGUCUCUGCACUGUUGGCAGAAGCAAAACAGAUGGUUAUACAGGCAGAUAGCUGCCCUGUUUCUCAGUGUGGUGGCAGUACUUCCCUUGCAACCCGGAGGCGUCUGCCAUUAGAUCUCCUUGUGUUGGGCUUGUGUAUGUGCACAGGUCACUACAAGACAAGCUAGAGUAGAUGUGUGGUAUGUCAGCUAAUGAAUGCACAGUAGCAGCCUUGGGACGGAGUUGGACCUGGCAGUAUGCAGAAAACAUUUGUUCCUCAAAGAAAACAGGGUCACAGCAUGCACACGGGCAGUUUCCAUGAAGCGACAAACCUGCUGUAAAUCCCCACCCAGUCUUGCCUCAUUGCAACACGUAUGUGUAGUCAUACCCAAAGCAAAGGUGAAUAAAUAGACCGCUGAGACGAGCAGAAAAAGCUAAGCCCACAAACACCACUUAGCAAAGCACCACGGGCAGCAGAGAGUAGGGUUCAAGCAGUUCAGUGUCCCAUAGCUCACACUGUGGGGUGAAACUGAAAUAAAUUGCUUUUGCAUUGAAACGCCUUUCCUUUCCUAGUUCAUCCUUUAUUUAUUUAUUUAUUCGUGUUUCAGUUAGCACUAGCUGCUACCAAAGUCCAUCUGUUUUCCAUUGCACUUUAAUUUACAGCCCUUGUUAGUCAUUUUAUUGCUUUCAAAUUCUGCGUGAGAAAACUUUUACAACUUGUGAUUACUGAACUCAAAGAAACGAGAGCUUUUUGACCUGGUGCGGGGUAAUUAUAGAGCCCAUUGCUUCUUGGGAGGGGCAUUCAAUGUUUAACAAACUGUGGCAAGUCUCAUUUAACCCUUUGGAGCCUGGCGCAUUGGAUGGGAGUGAGAAAACAAAUGUUGAGGCUCUCCAGCUCACAGUGUAAUCUGCCUACUUUUACUCUGAAGUUUUGCCUUUCUGCAACUGAACUUGGAGCUGUUUCUUUCACUGCGGCUUUGGAAGGACAGGAGCCAAGAUACUUGCAUAUGCAAACAUUUCUUUCCUUACUUCAGAAAUUACUGCUACAUUACUGUUGAUUAAUCCUUUCAUAGUCUUCUGAGUGCCCUGCUGUCAAAAUAAAGUCUCUUGACAAUAGAGAAAUUAUACUGUCUUAAUUACUACUAUUGUUUCAUAUUACAGGGGCUGUGGUCAUGGACAAAGAUUCAGUUGUGUUCAGCAGCAUAAAAACAGUAUAAAUAGAUACCUUGUGCUUGAAAGAGUUUGCGAUCUGAAUGAUGCAACCAGUAAACCGAGCCUCUGCUUACUGCAAUGAGACACAGCCUGGUGUGUCACACACCUCCCACUGUUCAUGUAAAAUCGAGUGCCUCCAGAUCCCACCAGCAAAAGAAGCUGGUCAGACCGAAGCGGCAUCCUUCCAAAAACCAUCGAGAAAACUGUGAGAGAAGGGUUCUUAGUGAUACCUACAGACACCCGAAGGAAUCGUGUCUUGUUAUUCAGCGUCAGGAGAUGACAGCUUUCUUUAAACUGUUUGAUGAUGAUCUAAUUCAAGACUUUCUAUGGAUGGACUGUUGCUGUAAAGUUGCAGACAAGUAUCUUUUGGCAAUGACAUUCGUUUACUUCAAGAGGGCUAACUUCACAAUAAAUGAGCAUACCAGAAUCAAUUUCUUUGUUGCUCUGUAUCUGGCAAAUACAGUGGAAGAAGACAAUGAAGAAUCAAAGUAUGAGAUUUUCCCAUGGGCUCUGGGAAAAAACUGGAGAAAGCUCUUUCCUGAUUUCUUAAAGUUAAGAGAUCAACUAUGGAGUAGAAUUGACUACAGGGCUAUUGUAAGCAGACGUUGCUGUGAAGAGGUAAUGGCUAUUGCUCCAACACAUUACAUAUGGCAGCGAGAACGGUCUGUGCACCACAGCGGAGCUAUAAGAAACUACAACAAAGAUGAAGCACAGCUGCCACGAGGACCUAAUAAUUCUCCCAUCCACUGCUGUCUUUGUGGUAAGACAGGAAGAUUUGUACGACUGGGAUUAUCGUCAUCUUCCUCAUCUACUAGCACUUUAGAGGUGACAGAGUUACGUUCAUCCCAGGAUUUGAAGGACACCUUUGCAAUGGAAAAAAUGCUGGUUGACUCUCCUGCUUCUCACGCCCAAGACUGUCAGAGCCUGUCCAGCAAAAGGAGAAGAGAUAACACCUCCAACCAAGACAAAUCCAUGGAUUGGUUUACAAGCAAUGAAGAAUGAAAUGCACUGAACGAAAGAAACAGAUGCUGUGCUUUGCAGAACAA